AUGAGCGAGAUGUAUGGUCGAAAACCCGUGGGCAUAAUAAGCCUGAUCAUCUUCGCUCUCCUAAUAAUACCCUGCGGGAUUGGUGGCUCUAUGGAAGAGCUCCUCAUCCUGCGAUUUUUCGGCGCCAUUGCCGGUGCUGCGAUGAUAUCCAGCGCACCAGGCAGCGUUGCUGACAUUGUAGACGAUGAACAUCGGGCUCUGGCAUUUUCCAUCUGGAGUAUUGGACCGCUUAAUGGACCAGUGUUUGGCCCGAUUAUUGGUGGCUUUGUCACACAGUACCUGGGCUGGAGAUGGACCAACUGGAUAAUGUUAAUAUUUUCCGGAGUUGCAAUUAUAUUCUCUUGCAUCAUGAAGGAGACAUAUGCGCCGGUGCUACUUCAACAGAAAGCUGCUAAAAUGCGGAAAGAGACUGAUGAUCCCCGAUGGUGGAGUCGCUAUGACCAAAAGGAAGCCCUUCUUGAUGUUCUGAAAAUAAACCUCAGUCGCCCCUUUGUCAUGGCAGUCACGGAACCUAUCUGCAUUUUUUGGAACAUUUAUAUUCCCCUCGUGUACGCCAUUCUUUAUCUCUGCUUCGUUGCCUAUCCAAUCGUCUUCCGCGAGAUUCGUGGCUGGUCCACAGGCCUAACUGGUUUGGCCUUCUUAGGAAUGGGCAUCGGCGGGCUUAUCAUUGUCGUUCUUGAGCCAUAUAUUCGAAAAAUGAUCAACAGCCAUAAGAUUGAUCCAGAGACUGGAAAAGUCAGCCCUGAAGCAAUGGUGUCUGUUGUAUGCAUUUCGGCGAUUCUCGCCCCAGUUGGUGAAAUCUGGUUUGCAUGGACUUGCGCACCCGCGUCGAUCCACUGGAUACUACCGAUUCUUGCCGGAAUACCAUUUGGCGCGGGAAAUACUGGAGUAUUUAUAUACGCCAGCAACUACCUCACACAUAGCUAUGGCGUGUACGCCGCAUCCGCAAUGGCAGGGAAUGCCGUCAUGCGAAGUAUAAUGGGCGGUGUGUUUCCGAUAAUAGGGCCGUAUAUGUACCGAAGGCUUGGUCCCAACUGGGCGGGUACGUUGUUGGCUGUGUUGGAGGUGUUGAUCAUCCCCAUUCCAUUCGUGUUUUAUCGCUAUGGGUAUAAAAUUCGGAUGAAAAGUACACUUAUCAGGGCGAUGCAGGAGGACAAGAAAAAAUUGGAGGGAAAGAGAAGAAGACUGCAAACGACUAACAAGGAGUCGGGUGUUAUUGCUGUGAGCGAGAAAGAGGAAGUCUAG